UCCAGGCCCCGGGAGCCCCAGCCGUCCCGGCCCAGCCUGGGACUCCGGGACCGCGCGCACACCUGGACUGAACACGGCUGCGGGCUUUAGGCGGUGCAGCGACUAAUCCCCGCGCUGCCGGCGGGGAAACUGAGGCCCGGGCGACUGGGGCGGAGCUGGCCCCCGGGCGAGCCCAAGCCCCCGCCCCCGGCCGGCUCCGCCCCGGCCCGUAAGAGGCCCCCUGGGCGCCUGCGGAGGCGCACAGCGCGGCGCGCGGGCCGGGACGGCGACCGCUAUGGCAGCUCAGCGGCUGGGCAAGCGGGUGCUGAGCAAGCUGCAGUCUCCAUCGCGGGCUCGCGGACCGGGAGGCAGCCCCGGGGGCCUGCAGAAACGACACGCGCGUGUCACCGUCAAGUACGACCGGCGGGAGCUGCAGCGGCGGCUGGACGUGGAGAAGUGGAUUGACGGGCGCUUGGAGGAGCUGUACCGCGGCAGGGAGGCAGACAUGCCUGAUGAGGUCAACAUCGACGAAUUGUUGGAAUUAGAGAGCGAAGAGGACAGAAGCCGGAAAAUCCAGGGACUCCUGAAGUCGUGCAGGAACCCCACAGAGGACUUCAUCCAGGAGCUGCUGGGGAAGCUCCGAGGGCUCCACAAACAGCCUGGCCUCCGCCCGCCCAGCCCUUCCGGGGACCGCAGUCUGAGCCCUCUCCAGGAUCGGGCCCGGACUGCGCCACCCUGACCUUGCCUCCGUGGCCUCCUGCCUUCUCCCCUACCCUCCACACUGUCCUGGCUUAUUUGUAAGUUGUAUGUAAUGGUUCUGUAACAACACGGUGUGCCUGUUUUUCCUC